AUGGUGUUGAUGUUCACCAUGAUGCCCAUUAGGAGACAGUGUUCGCUGCGGAGGGCGGGGGCGACGGGAGUUGGGAGUUGGGCCUCGGCCGCUCGGCUGCAUCUCAUGCCCGCCGAGCGAACGGUUGCACUUCGCGAUCCUUUGGACGGCACCGACCUUCCUCCGUACCGUGCGCUGGUGUUGCCAGCUAAUCCGAAACUGCAUCUCGCAGAACCGCGCCAAAUCGUUAAGGAGGGGGGGAAUGUAAAAAUUUUUGAUCCU